AUGAAUUGGAAUAAAAAUUUAACAACAACAACAACUCUAUUUCCUGAAAUUACAUCAACAAUUAAUAUAUAUACGACAACAACAAUUACUAAUUAUAAUCAUAUUGUUAAAAUAUCUUUUGGUGAACAAUUAAAAAAUGCGUGUAAAUUAUUUCGAUUUUAUGCUAGUAUAUUUUUAAUUAUUAUCGGUAUGAUUGGUAGUAUAUUAUCAAUUAAAGUAUUUUCAUCAACAAAAAUUCGUCGUAAUUCAUCAAAUGAAUAUUUAAUUACAAUGAGUUUUGUUGUAGUUCUAUUAUUAUUUAAUUUUUUCUGUGAUGAAAUAUUAAGAUCAAUUGUAAAUGAUUUUGAAGUUGAUUUACCGUUAAAUCUUGUUGAUUUAAGUAAAUUAUUAUGUAAAACGUCAACUUAUUUGCGGCAUACUCUAAGAUUUGCUGCCCAUUGGAUUGUUGUUGCAUUUACAUUAGAACGUUUGAUUGUCGUUCAUUUUCCAUUGCAUACAUCUAUAUUAUGUACGCCUCGUUGUGCCAAACGUGUUUGCUUAUUUAUUUUAAUCAUGUCUUUUCUCGUACCAUUCUAUUCGUUUAUUAUGUCGGAUGUGAUUCCUAGCGAACAAAAUCAUCAAAAUUCCGAAUGUGAUAUUAUGAAAAAAUAUAAUUUAAUUUAUCUUUAUUUAACAAUUAUUUACGGUAAUUUAACGUUAACAUUUCCCAUAUUAAUCGUAUGUAUCGUUAAUAUUCUAAUUGUUCGACAAUUGUUAAAAGCAGCAAAUAUACGAAAAAAAAAUAAAAAUUUACAAUAUGAAGAAGCACAAUUAGAUGCUGCUACAUCAACAAUACUUGCACGAAAUAGUAAAUUAAAUAAAAGUAAUGCAGCUGAAAAUGAAUAUUAUCAAAGUAUUGUUAAAAAUCAAUUAGAAAACGAUAAAGUAACAUGGAUGCUUGUUGUUAUAUCAGUUACAUUUGGUAUAUUAAAUUUUCCCUAUUUUAUUUUAUGGUGUUAUAUUUGUGUUAUACGAGUUCGUGGUAAAACUCCAACACCAUUUGUUGAAUCAGCUAAAUUAAUAUCCGAAGUACUUCAUUUACUCAAUUAUAGUACAUAUUUUUUUCUCUAUGUUAUAUCUCGACGAAGUUUUCGAAAAGUAUUAGUGGAAAAAAUGCGUUGUCGUUGCGAUUGUUUUGAACAAUGGAGAUUGUAUGAAAUGAGAUCAGAUGUUAAUAAUAAAAUACAAAAUAAAAAAAAGAUAUCAAUAUCACAACAACAACAACAACAGUUUAGUAAUACAAAUACGACACAUAUUAUAUCAUCAAAUAAUACCAAUCAUAAUUACCAUCAAUUAUUAGUAGUGAGACAACAAGAUAAUAAUAUUAUUGGAAACGAUGGUCAUGGUAGAGAAAAAGCAAGAACAAGAAUGAUAAUAGUGCAAGAUGACAAAAAUAUAGAUAAGACAGGAGAUGAUAAUAAAUAUAGUUUAGGAAAUAUUGUUUAA